AACGCUCGCCGAGCAGCGGAUACUCGGUGCUUUCAAUGAACUCUGCGGACAUUAUGCACAAGAACCCACGUUAUAACAUCUAAAACAGCAAAUAAGGCAUGCGCUUGACGUCCGUUUAGAAACCGUACCAUGUAACAGAGUACUCGCUUGUGCCCGGCGGCUUUGAAGCAGGAGUGAAGAGCAAUCAAUCACCGGAUACCUCCACCGUUAUUCGGGGAGCGCUGCUGAGGAGGCAGGGUAACCGCUUCUCUAAUGCUGCCCUGACCGGGCCAUCUCACUCAGUGGUACCACUUCGACCCAACAGUGGAUCAGGUUUUAUAGCGGGACAGGUGCACGGCAAAGAUGUUGCAAGUGCUGGCUUGCGGCGUGGUGGUUUUCCCCGGUCUCUUCUUCACUUUGAGAAAAGUGCUCCCGUCCAUUUUCAAGCAGUGGACAGAUGCCGACGUCGUGCUGGUCAGCGAGAGGCUGGUGUCAUCCAUUCAUGCUGUUAUGGCCACCACAGCUGGCAUCAUUGUGGUGUGCUCGUGCAGAGGCAAUGUGAUCGCAGAUCGACACUGGCUGGCCACCCAUUUUGUCAUUUGGUAUGGCGUGCCCUACAUGUCAUAUGACAUCUUCGCCAUGUACCUCAGCCAUUACUAUCGCUUCCGGGUCAAAGGUCACAAGGACUAUGAGAGCCACUCUCUGCGCACAGUCAACUCAUUUGUGAGGAAAGAGUUCCUGCUGGUCCUCCAUCACAUUGCACUGCUCACCAUCCUGCUACCUGUGACACUGUUCUUCAGGCAGGAUCAGGGUGAUUACUUCAUUGGCUGUCUGUUCCUCACAGAGCUCAGCACUCCUUUUGUUUCACUGGGCAAAAUCCUCAUUCAGUUGGGGAUGCAGGAAUGCUGGCUGCACAAGGUCAAUGGUGGCAUGGUGCUGUUGAGUUUCCUCGUGUGCCGUAUUGCACUCUUCCCCUAUAUGUACUGGAUGUACGGCUCCCACUACGGCAUCCCACUCUAUAGUGUUCCCUUCCAUCUGCCCCUCACUGCCAACCUGGGCAACCUCUGCAUCCUGGCACCACAAGUCUACUGGUUCGUCCUUCUCUGCCGUAAAGGCUACCGACUCUACAAGCGCCAAAGGGAUGCAAAGAACCAGGUCUCUCCAGUGUCCUCGCCCGAGCCAGUCUCAGACAACUCCAAGGCUGAUUAGUGAAGGAAUCACUUUUGUUAUCUAGAACAAACCAACCAAUCAACAUCACAGCUGAAGGCUACGGCACUGAAUCCACUAAUUUUACAGUACAACUAGACUCACGUGCCUGUUAGAAAUACCAUUAUUACUUUAGACUACUCCUCUCUACUCUACUCCAUUCCACAAAUAAAUUACCAUUGCAGAGCUGCUCCACUGGAUUAACUCCCUUCUGUGACAUCCAGGAGCCUUUUAGGUCAGAUAUUGAGGGGUGUGUCCCUCUCUCCCUUUUCCGAUUGGAAGAGCUGUUACAGAUUGGACUGAUGUCUUUGAAUGUCAUUAGAAUUAUCUGUUACUUUGUUUUUCUUUUGGUUCUCUCCUUUGUCCUAUAUGAUAUGCUUGCCCAACGUUAACCUAUAGUGUGAAUGUGUGCUUGAAGUGUUAAAACACCAUGGUUUAAAGGGGGAAACUAUUAUGCCACUUCUAUGAAUAAUUUAUACCAUUAAACAAACAUUAAAAACCCACAGUACUUUAACAUCAGAACAGCAUUUAGUAUCACCUGCACAUGGGGGCAGUAGAGAGUCUAUCCUUAUGUUUACAAUGGUAUGAGCAGGACUUGAGUCUAUAGAGGGGUGGGGUCUUUGCAGGGUAUAAAGAGUGAGCACAAUGCUUGGCAUAUCUUUUAGGCCACAUUAUGCCUGUGGGCAUCUUCAGGCAGCAGACAAAGCAAUAACACAGGGGAUUCACAGCAGGGGUCUGUGGGUGGUUGGAUGACCCAUGUAAACACAUAAUCUGUAAGGAUAGAAAAGUUGACACCCCACUCCUAAAAUGUACAUCUGUACAUCCAAAGGAAAAUAAAUAAAAUAAAAAUAUUUUAAAGUCAUGGAUAUUUCUAGAGUAAAUAUAGUUUUUUUGGUUAACUACAUAAUGUUACAUGAACUAACAAUGAACAAUAAUUUUAUAUCAUUUAAUCUUGU